AUAACAAUGGUAAGCGCCAACUGUACAAUUGAAGACUCCUUUAAGUACACUUUAUAUGGAUGUAUGUUCAGUAUGGUAUUUGUCCUCGGUUUACUAUCAAACUGUGUUGCUAUAUACAUUUUUACCUGCGCUUUAAAAGUGCGAAAUGAAACUACAACUUACAUGCUCAAUUUGGCAAUAUCAGACCUACUUUUUGUGUUCACGUUACCCUUCAGAAUCUAUUAUUUUACAACAAAGGACUGGCCCUUUGGGGAUGUACUCUGCAAGAUUUCGGUCAUGCUGUUUUAUAUAAACAUGUACGGGAGCAUUUUCUUUUUGACCAGUAUAAGCUUUGAUCGCUUUUUAGCUAUCGUGUACCCGUUUCGUUCUAAAACUGUGCGGACAAAAAGAAAUGCAAGGAUAGUCUGUGUUGCAAUUUGGAUGACUGUGAUAGCAGGAAGCGCGCCAGCAAGCUUCUUCCAGUCUACCAACGCUCGGGUCAGCACAGAAGGAUUGAAACAAAACACAUGCUUUGAAAACUUUUCUGAAGAGACCUGGAAAACCUAUCUUUCAAGGAUUGUUAUCUUCAUUGAAACUGUGGGAUUUUUAAUCCCGCUGAUUCUGAAUGUGACUUGCUCUACAAUGGUUUUAAGGACUUUGAAUAAGCCAAUUACAUUACAUCGGAAUAAAUUAAGCAAAAAGAAGGUACUCAGAAUGAUCUUCGUCCAUCUGAUGAUAUUCUGCCUCUGCUUUGUACCUUAUAACAUUACUCUAAUACUUUAUUCGCUCAUGAGGACACAAACAUGGAUUAACUGUUCAGUUAUUACAGCCAUUAGGACUAUGUACCCGAUCACUCUGUGCAUUGCAAUUUCAAACUGUUGUUUUGACCCUAUAAUUUACUACUUUACUUCAGAAACUAUUCAAAAUUCAAUAAAAAUUAAGAACUGGUCAACUAGAAGAUACGAUUACAGAUUAUCUGAAAAAGUUUCUGACACAUUCAUUCAACAAGGACUCCAAACCUUAACAGCAAAAACUUUUGACAAUGAAUCUACAAUAUGA